AUGAGCUCUGGCUCAAGUAGUCCUCAGUGGGAUAACCGUCAUCGUGGCUUUAUUUCUCCCGCCGAACUACAACAGCUCAGACAAGCUAGUCCAGGUAGAGGAACCGAUCUACACGAGUUUCACGCACGACAACCUGCAACAAGCACACCAGCCGACCAAAACCCUAGCGCUGGAGCAGUAACGUUAACAAGUCAACAGGAGGACCAGUCGGUCUCGAGACCCACUACUAAUACAAUGUCCCACACUCGCACUUCCUCCUUCUUUUCCUUUCGAAAGCAGUUGCAUUCAAGUGACGCGAAUGAUCACCAGCAGCAAUCUAGCCGACGCCCAAGCACAGGCGCGAGCGACCGCGACUUCGCACCCCAAAACAACCAACAGCGCGCUCAAACAAUGGGCCCACUGCGCUCCUCGCCGGAGAAGUUCUCCCUAGAGAAGCAGGAUGACCAAGAGUCCGACACGGCUUUGGCAGCCCGCAGGGAAUCUACCUCCGUCCCCCCUCUUCACCCUGAAAUACGCUCCAUUGUUCAGCUCACUGUCGCCCAUGCCCGCAAGGUCUACUUCAGCGGCCCCCUUGUCAAACGCGUACAGCGCCAACCGGAUGGCCAACGUCCCAAAGAUGAUGGAUGGGUUGACGUAUGGGCCCAACUUAGCGGCACAACAUUGAGCAUUUGGGACAUGAAGGAGAUUGAAGCAGCAAACAAGAAGGGCCUCGAGGUCCCUCCUACAUAUGUAAAUAUUACAGAUGCCUUCGUUCACGUACUAGGUUCAGUGACUGGCCCUGCCGAGACUCCAGAUUCCCCGCGAAAGACAUACUCCAACGUCCUCACUCUCAACACAGCAGGCUCCAAUUUGCUUUUAUUCAGCUGUCCGUCAAUACCGGCAUUGGAAUCAUGGGCAACAGCUCUACGAUUAUCUGCUUGGGAAAAGUCUCGUCUCGAAGAAAUGUAUACUGCUCAUUUGAUACGCAUAACAUUGCUUGAAGGCAAAGAUACACGCACAACCCUCGUCCGUGGCCGCAUGGAAGGGUGGGUGCUCAUACGCGUUGCUGGACAAACAGAUUGGAAACGCUUGUGGAUGGUCAUCUCCGGGUCGCAAUCUUCAGGCGUCGAUCCUGGAGCCCUGUCCACAACAACUGGCACUGCACCUACUCCCAAGAAGCGCAUGUCAAAUCUGUUCUCGCGGGAUCACUCCCCUGAACCUCUCCCCGUGAAGCCUCUGCUUGCACUUUACGCAACCCCAAGACCAAAAGACAAGAAGCACCCCCUUCUUACGCUUAGGGAGGUUUCGCAGGCGUUUGCAGUGUACCCAGAGCGUCCGGAGUUGAUCAACCGCAGCACGCUCAUGAAACUCGAGGGCCUGAUUGGCGAUGAGGAAAUGGCGGGCACGAUGAAACGCAGGGAGGGAUGGUUGCUCAUUAUGCCUGAGCUCGAGGCAGGGAACACGCAAGCAUCUGAGAUGCUCAAGUGGCUCGUUGCGCUUCACGACGCCUUUGAACUAUAUGGACGUCCGAAAGUAUACACCUGGGACCCUCGUGAUCCCGUUUCACUUAUGUUUGCUUACCCCGUCAAUCCAGGGAGAGACCUCCUGUUCCUUGAUCGUGAAGUUGCAGAGUCUAUGGAUCCACGUGAUGAUCGUACGUCCGCCAUUCGUAACCGUCUCCUCAACAUCCUUUUCUCGCGCAUGCCUGAAUUGCGUGCCACGUCUGCACCGCCCCCCCUGCCACCCAUGGCUUUGGGUGCUGAUCCAAAUCGACCACCACAGCAACAACCAUCACAAAAUGUUGCUCAGCCCCGAUCACAAACACAGAACGGUCAACCUGGCUAUGUCCCUCAGCUCCCCACGAUCAAUUUCGACUUGCGCUCGCCCCCAGAUCUCACUGUCGGUCACGCUCUCUCUCCCAUUACAGAACGGAGCGUAACGCGCGAAACAUUUCCGGAUUUCCCUCAUACGCAAAGCCGCUCGAUGUCGAAUGAGCAUCACGGGCCCGAGUCAAUGAUGAUCAGCAGAUCUAUGUCGAGUGAGCAGCCAGAUUCGUUGGGGCAGUCGAUGAGCAGUGGACAUCAGGACUUUAUGUCGCGUUCCAUGUCUGAGCACAGCCAGUCUCAGAUGCUUUCACCGCUUAACUCGUUGAACCCGGUUCUAGAGAGUGUAUCUGGGUCGAUCACAGCUCUCCCACUGACUGGGAGCCCUCCUCCUACCUUGCGUCCCGAGUCAAGGCCUACACCGAGCUUGGAGACUAUGCAAACGAGGAGCACAGAGCCGUCAACAAGUGCGAGUGUGGAUGUUGGCGGGUUCAGACUUCCCCUCACGCCCGAGUCUCCUGGGUCACCUACAUUUUCUACAAGCUCGACAAGUCCCAGCUCGGGAAUUGGUAGGCCUACUUCGCCAGGAAUGUCUUUGUCGGCCCUUGUCGCGCCUGUGCCCAUCAGGUCACCGGUUUCGAGAUCUCCCCCUCCUAUCUCGAGGCCCAUUUCAAUUCUCACAUCGCCUUACUCCCCCAAAGGGAAGGAUAAAGAGUUACCGUCCAUUCAAGAUGUACAAGAUGCUUUGCAGCUGCCACCUCGAGCAAUGUCUCCACCCCACCCGUUUAUAACACCCCUGCAUAACGCAGACUCACCGCCCUUGCCUCCCAAAGCGCAGUCACCGACCCCAACACCACGAGUGCCUGUUGCUGUAGCAACAGUUCCUGUCGCCCCCACACAGCCCCUAGCACAAGACACUGAGAUCUUUUCAGACGCUCUCUUCUACAUGCAACAAUUCGACGAGAAACCCAAGAACCCGCCGCGGCGUGUACCAACCACCAUUUCUGAAGCUUCAAACUCCGACGAGAGUUCAGCGUCUGACAAAGCUCUGCGCCCAUCACCAGCGCGUAGGGGAACGCCGAUGUCAUUCUCAGAGCUGGGAAGGGCGGAAGCUAAUAAUAGCGAACCCAGCAUGAUCGGCUCGCGCCCUUCUCUCGGCCGUAAGCCGUCCGGUGCACGUGUCCAACCUACCUCUAGCCGAGGCCCAAAUGUGGAAGCCACCUUAGUUUCCUCACCUUCUUUAGAGCACGUUCACGUCCAGGCCAUGGCGGAUUCGCAGCAGAAGAUGAUCCAAAAGCAGAACAGCGGCGACGACGUUAAUGUAGAUGCACUUGCUGCAUUGUCUUUUCUCGACAGUGCAUCGGAUGUCGCACCGUCGCCCGCUCCUGCACACCAGCCGCCGCCGCCGGAACAAGACGUGUCGUCAGAGCCUACUGUGGAGGGCAGCGCUGCAUCUGAAAGCUCGGAGGGUGUGACUCAGUAUAGGUCAUCGUUUGCACCUUCCAAGCAGGCAGCACAACGGAAGGCGCGUGCACAAGCGCAGCAUCAGGCAGUGCUUCACAAGCCUGGGAGAGCAAACGGGAAGCGUGCCACACCUGGGAACAGGCUUUCUGGGUGGAAUGAGAGUAGUGAUGAAGAAGAGGAAGAGGAAGAGGAAGAAGAUGACGAGGAUGCUGACUCUGACGAGGAACCCCCUUCGACGUUGGAGAGCAAGAAGACGGGUCCUGUUGCGCCUGUACCGGUUCCGGCUGUCCGACCUCUGCGUCCCGGAAGUGCAGGGCGUGCUGUGACACCUGGAGAACAAGCAACCGACGCGAAUCCUUACGCACAAUUACGACAUCCUCGUAACCUGCCGCCUGUUCCAAGGCCGAUGACUCAAGGUGGUGUGUCAGAUGACUACAUGAACGCCAUGCCACCGCCUCGGCGACUCGCAUCCGAUCAGCACAUGCGAACACUAGAUGAUGCUCCUCACCUGCGCCCACAGUCUGAAUAUACUUCCCAAGUUCUUCGUCCACAAGCAGACUUUAACCAACACGCUGCCGCUCGCCAGAGCAUUUGGACACAGGUUCUCGAUUCUGGUCGCACGCCUGGUUCUCAUCCCCAGCCUGAAACUCCCUCGCACCAACGCGACCCUUUCAUCCAGUUGGAACCUGCCUCUCAUUCCAUGACGAAAGCGUUCACUCCACAUGGUCUUCUAUCUGCUGGGAUGCAGGACAAGCAGGACCGUUCUGCCAAGCGACAAGAAGAGCUUGCGCGGGAAACUGGUGCUUCGCUCAUCAACGUUCCGAACAAACCACCACCACCUCAGACGGGUCUCUUGGGCGCGAUCACUGCUCAUGAGCGCGAGCGUAAACGUGAGGGUGGCGUCGGUGCUGCUCUAACGGAACGCGAGCGCGACAAGAGGAUGGCUGAAGAUCGACAGCGCAAGAUUGAUGACUUCCAACGCAAUCAACUGGAGAUGCAGGGCAUGUACGGAGGUGGACAGCAGUACCCCAACAUGAUGGGUAACCCGAUGAUGGGCAAUCCUAUGAUGAUGGGCAUCAACCCGAUGAUGACUGGUGGGAACCCAAUGAUGGCUGGUCCCAACCCGAUGAUGAACGGCGCGAACCCAAUGAUGAACGGUGCCAACCCCAUGAUGACAGGUGGAUAUAUGGGCUAUCCGGGUAUGAUGCCGGGAUUUGGGAAUCCGCAGUUCUUUGCGCAGCAGGCGGCGCAAGCUGCUUACCAACAAGCGAUGAUGGCAUAUUCCUCCGCUGGGUCACAUGUCGGCGAUGGCAUGCACCCCACGCCCAUGAAUCCCAUGAUGACCGGCGGUGGGAUGGGCUACGAUCCUCGGAUGUCGAUGAUGGGCGUGCCGAUGAUGGGCAACCCCAUGGGCAUGAAUCAUAUGGGUGGUGGUAUGGGUGGUGGUAUGGGCAUGGGCAUGGGAGGUGGCGGCAUGGGAGGUGGUGGUAUGGGAGGCAUGGCAGGUAUGGGCAUGCAGAUGACAGGUGGUUCGGCGUUCGACGCACGAUAUUCUCCAGCUAAUAUGGAAGAUCUUCGUCCUCCCGGCUCGCUCGCGCAGGGUCAACGCACUGGCCACAGUUCGUCCCGGAAUAGUUCGGCUGGUCAAGGAUCGCCCGCCGGACCACGCCCUGUCGAUGCGCGCGACAGCCCCAAAAGCUGAUUUGCACUUCCUCAUUUUCAUAAUCCUCGUUUAGGCAUUUCUUCUUCUCGGUCAGGCGUGCAAGGACAGUUAAUUCAUCCACGCUUUUUAUGAAGUUUACGACCAUAAAAUGCCUUUUGCCU